GCACGCAUCCAUAGCUUGCAGGAAAGAGUACAGCGUACAGAGAGGGAGAGAGCAGAAAAUGGUAAACCAGUGGCAGAAAGGCCAGGGGAGGAGGGUGUAACAAUAGUAAAGGAGAGCGAGACACAGAAGCUGUAAAUAAGGAAGAGAAGGCUUCAGGUGUCUGUAAAACCAAAAAAGAGGAAAAAGAUGGGCUCUUUAGGUGAGUGCAAAAACGGAUUUUUGUGGUGGUUUGCCGACGUGGGGAGCUGGUUUUCCGAGGACUAGAUGAAGGGAAUGCCCUUUAAUUUUGCGGGAAAGGGGGUUCCAGUAGCGGCGACAGACAUUUGCGAGGGGAAGUGGAAGAAGGCGAGCAGCGAGCCCACCUCAGUGCUGGAUACGCGCAGGAGUCCGAGUCCAACGUCCACGUCCACCUUGUCUUCUUCUUUCGGUGGCGGUUCCGUCGACACCGCAGGAGGCGCCGCGGCCGUCUCCGGCCACCAGUCCCAGAAAUGGCCACCGGCGGGUGAGCCUGUGAGGGUGGACUGGCCUGCUGAGCUCGUGGGAGGCGGGAAAUGCGGGGUUGCGAUGGAUGAAUGGGAGAACGUGAUGAUUGAGCCCUCCGCGGCCGGGGCAGAGCCGCAGGACAACGCCUUCCUGAGGUGGAUGAUGGGGGAGAUGGACGAUCCCCUGAAGCUACAGCAUUGUGCUGCUAAUGCUAACGCCAACGGUGGUGGUGGAGGUGGCGGCGGCGCUGGUGGUGGUGCCGUUCCGUUUAUUGAUCCCGUUGAGACGGGGUUCGCUAUUGAUCCUGCUGCCUUCGGGUUUACUUCUGGUUUCGUCGAUUCCUCUUCCAUUGGCGGAGUUGUUCCUGGGAACGCUUUGAUGGGAAGCUUCCCUAACGUCUCGAAGCUCAUUCCCUGCUCUAUUGGUGGUGUCAAUGGUGCUCACAACUCCCUGUUUCCGCCAUCAACGAACCUUUCGCUUCCGGUUGCUACCCAGCCGGAAGUUUUCUAUCCUCAGCAGCCGGAGCCACCCCUCGUGGAGGAAAAACCUCAGAUUUAUUCGUUUCCCAAUCCGGUGCAGCCGAAUUUGGGGUUUUACCUGCCAGACGUGCCGGUUGUCCCUCCGGCGAAGCGCCACCAGGCGGCACUAGACCAGGUGUGUCCGUCACCUCUCCCUGCCCAGCCCCUCUCUCUCCCUCUCUUAGUAAAGCAGGAGAUGCAGAUCCCGCAUUCGAACAAGGUGCCAUUCUCCGAUUCCGGGCAGGAAUUGUUUCAGAAGCAGCACCAACAGAAGCAGCAGCAGGCUGUAGGUUUGCUGCUGCAGCAGCAGCAGCAGCAACAACAACAACAACAACAACAGAAGGCCAGAUCGAGGCCUGGUUCCGUCUUCGGCCCGAGCUCUGACGACGCGGCGCAAGUAGCCAUGGUGAACCAGCUCCGCCAGGCUGCGGAGCUCGCCGAAGCCGGGAAUUCUGUUAACGCCAGGGCGAUAUUGGCGCGGCUCAAUCACCACCUAUCCUCACCUGUGGGGAACCCCCUCCAUAGGGCUGCUUUCUACUUCAAGGAGUCUCUCCUCAACCUUCUCGGCAACAGGAAUGGCGGCCCGACCCCUGGUGGCGCCGCCGCCACGGCAGCUUUGGCACCGGUAACCUAUUCCCCCAGGGAAGUCGUUCUCAGGAUAGGUGCAUACAAGGCCUUUUGUGAGAUCUCCCCAUUGGUGCAGUUCGCUAGCUUGACUUGCAACCAGGCUCUGCUAGAGACCCUCAAUGGCCCAUCUGUGAUUCACAUCCUCGAUUUCGACAUUGGAUUCGGCGGUCAUUGGGCCUCUUUCAUGCAGGAGAUUGCGCCGAAGAUCGGCGGCGCGUACUCUCUUCGUAUCACUGCAUUUACUUCACCAUCUUCGCAUGAUCCGCUAGAGAUUGCGCUCACUCGGGAGAACCUCACGAACUUCGCCCGUUCCCUUGAUAUACCCUUCGAAUUCAAUGCCAUCAAUCUAGACUCGUUCGAUCCUUCAUUGUUCAAUAUGUACAACUCGAAUGAGGUCGUCUUCGCCAACUUCCCUGUUUCCUCUCACCGCCUGUUCGCUUCAGGAUCACUGCCAUCUUUGCUUCGAUUCAUCAAACAGCUCUCUCCCAAAUUGGUCGUUUCAGUGGACCACGCCUGUGACAGAACAGACCUCUCGUUCUCGCAGCAUUUCCUAAAUGGGUUGCAAUUCUAUUCCCUGCUUUUUGACUCCCUCGACGCCAUGAAUGCUAACACGAAUACUCUCCGGAAAGUGGAGUCCCUUCUUCUGAAGCCAAAAAUCGAGUCUCUUGUUGCUAGUCGCCAUCGAGCAGCGGAGAAACUCCCUCCGUGGAGAAGCCUGUUCAUUUCUGGAGGCUUCACGCCGGUUCCAUUCAGCAAUUACGCAGAGACACAAGCAGAAUGCCUCAUUAAGCGGCUCAAUUUGCGGGGAUUCCAUGUUGAGAAGCAGCAAGCUUCGCUUCUCCUCCUUUGGCAGCGACAGGAGCUCGUGUCUGCAUCUGUGUGGAGGUGCUGAUCGUGAGGUACCGGGGCUUCAUGGGAAGCGUAAACUGAUUCUUACAUGAUAAAUGCCUCUGUUAUUAGUGAUAUGAUAGGUAUGAAAACUUGCUGUUUUUCUCACCACUUCGCGUUUUGGUCUUUAAUUCACUCUUAUUUGUCUUCUUGUUGCGGGUAUGGUCAUGUCAUUUUGUUCAGUUGGAUGCGGGAUUUAUAUACCAAGAAACAGGAAGAUCUGGUGUAAGUUAUCUUUGUUGUGAACGACGGGGCUAUGUUCAGGGGUUCAUGUUAUGGUUAAAUGACAUGUAUGGUAAAUUACUAGCGCUAGCAUGUAAAAAAGCAACAGAUUCUGGUUUUAGAUUUGUCUUAGUUGUACACGGAAGAGGGGAAAAGGAGUCCGAUGAGGGCCUGAAAUUUGUCUCCUUGUCUGAUCAAGCAAUUGCUGUAAACUAUUCUUACGGAUAUUAACGGUGGAUCUUUAUUUAAA